AUUACAAUCGAUGAUUCGAUGUAGACGCUCUCUAUAUCCGACGCAUUAUCCAUCCAAACCCGUUCAUAAAUACUGUUAUCACCGCAUCCUGGUUCUCUAACGGGUGCGGGGUGUCGAAUUAUUAUUGAAUCCGGGUGCUGAGAGCUGAGUAUGGCACACGCACUCUCCUAUAUCACCGGCUCCCAACUUCUCUCUCUCAAACGCCAUCCUAACAUCGCUAUUGUCGACGUUCGGGAUGAUGAGAGAAGUUAUGAUGGUCACAUACCUGGAUCCCUUCACUUUGCUAGUGAUACUUUCUUGGAUAAAAUCCCUAAUCUUGUUCAACAAGUUCAAGGCAAAGAUACCCUCGUUUUUCACUGCGCACUUAGCCAGGUCCGGGGCCCAAAAUGUGCAAGGAGGCUGUCAGAAUAUCUUGCUGAAACAUCUCAAAUUGCUGGAAUAAAAAACAUAAUGGUAUUGGAACGCGGCUUUAAUGGAUGGGAAGCUGCUGGUAAACCUGUUUGUCGCUGCACCGAUAAUCCCUGCAAAGCCGAAAGUGUGUAAUAUCAAAUUCUAUGCUCGGAAGAGAAAGUGACCAUAUUCUUGAGUCCGAAGUAUUAGCUUAUCGUCGUUGAUAAGUCGUGGAAUGUAAACUUAUUGUAUGUAUGAAUGCUACGAUAUUGUUUAGACCAGACUUCUUUACGCUCAGCCCAUAGAUUGCAACCUAAACUCACACCGCAGACUUGAAAGAGCAGUGACUGAAACUUGAGGCUGUUGCGUUGUCUGGAAGUAAAUUGAAUCUGAGCUCGUCUUCUCUGAAGCUGGUCAGACGAUACAUGUCAUAACUGUAUAAUUGAUUUACCAAAAUCAUAUUUCUUGAAUGAAACUACUCCUAAACUUAUUAAUUGCGA